AAUUUAGGACUCAGAUUGCGCUUCAGUGCGUGGCUGUCAGCAGCGGAGCUGUUCUGUGGACGGGCGCAGCCUCAGUUUCGGAUUUUUUUCACAGCGUCUGAGACGCUCGGGACGUGCGUCUACCUGAACCUUUGUCUUUGGAUACUGCUGCCACCUAAAAAGCAUCCGCGCACUCCUGACUCGUGGUGUCUGUGCUUUAGAGGUGGGUUGCUGUGUAAUAGACUCGCCCGAGGGAAAGACUAUAGUCAGGAAACUUUUAAGGAGACUUUGGGGAUACAUCGCUACGGGUACAUGUGCCUUAUCAUCUGACAGUAGCGGAGCUUUUUUUUUGUUUUGUUUGGGAAAACUCACAGAAACGUGGUUCGGAUCAUGUUCAGCAAGUGCUCCGUUGUGUUGUUGAACGUCCUCUUUCUGGUGCGGGCUCUCUCGGCUCACGAGUGCACGCCGUGCAAUCUCCGGACUUGCCCGGUCAAGCCCCCGCACGGCUGCGAGGGCGGUCGGACCUUGGCGAGGGAUCCGUGCGGAUGCUGCGAUCAAUGCACCCGGCUGGAGUGGGAGCCCUGCGGCGGCCAGGACUGGGCGCACGGCUACUGCGCCCUGGGGCUGACCUGCGCCUCUGUCAACCAAACCGGAGCCGCCACCAUACCUGAAUCUGGAGUGUGUAAAGUGCUUCCUGACCAUCCGGACGCCGGUCUUGUGGAUGAGCGCUGCCCUCUGAUGACGGGCUGCGACAGAGCGGGAGGUCAGUGCGUGUGCGAUGCCCGUCACUCCUGCUUGGGCACUUUCGCCUUCCCGGACCAGGAAAGCUGCAUGAAAGCCAGCAAGCCAGAUGGUCGGAGGCACGAGCACCGGGACAGGCACCGAGAGAAGUACGUGGGGCCGUCCAACCCGGCGUGCAUGUUCUCCGGCUGUAACCUGACCACCGAGGGCUGCGUGUGCGAGUCUCAGAGCUGCCACCACCACUUCGCCUACAUCAACCGCAGCCAGUGUCAGGAAGCCGCAGAGGAGCUGAGGUGCGCUGGGGUGAAGUGUCCCUCUCUUCAGGUGUCCUCUUGCCCCAAGGGUUCAGUCCUGACCAAGAGCUACACGCCCCCUGCUGGUUGCUGUCCCUCCGUGCCACCCCAGUGCACUUGCGACUUCCGUGCCUGCCACAAGCCUCAGUGCCCGAGCGGGCAGCACCCCGUUCCACUCAGCCAGGCCAGCGGUCAGCCAGGAGACUGCUGUGAUGUCUUUGAGUGCCAGAAAGUCUCUCCCAAGUGUGUCCACAAUGGAAAGGAGUUCACUGAGGGAGAGGUGUACCGCAUGGACCCCUGCUGGCUGUGUCAGUGCCGGGGAGGAAUCUCCUUCUGCUCCAAGGCAGAGUGUGCAGAGCUGGACUGUGAAAACUUCUACAUUCCUGAGGGCGAGUGCUGCCCUGUCUGCAUAGAUGUGGAGUUGCUGUCGAUGGACAGCACCAAGGCCAGCUGCUGGGUGAACAAUAAGCUGCGAGCCCACGAGGAGCAAUGGAAAGAGGAUGACUGCACCUUCUGCCAGUGUGUGGAUGGAGAGCCGCACUGCACGGCCAUGGCCUGCAAGCAGAGCUGCCAAAACCCUGUGAAGAUCCCUGGAGAGUGCUGUCCAUUCUGUGAAGAGCCUUCUUACGAAACAGUUAGCCCCAUGCUGUGCCCCCCACUGGAAAACUGCUCUCUGUCAGGGAACGAAUGUCCCUAUGGCUUCCAGCAAGACCAGAAUGGAUGUCUUCUCUGCCAGUGUCUCAACAAUGACUCCUGUCCUGACCUCAGAAAAUACUGUUCCCUGCAAUGCCCAAUGGGAUACGAGAGGGACGAUUUUGGCUGCGAGGUGUGCGAGUGCAGUAUCCCAACACACAAGUGCCGACCUUUGACCUGCACUAAGACCUGCCCCUAUGGAUAUGUGAGGAACAAGCAUGGCUGUGAGAUGUGCCGCUGCGUCAAGUGCCCUCCCUUCACCUGCGACAAGCACUGCAGCAACGGCUACCGACAGAACAGGAAGGGCUGCUCCAUCUGCAUGUGUAAAGAAACUGAUCAUGUCCCGAGCACCACUGUCCCAGCCCCGAUGCCCAGCUUUUGCCUCACGUCCAAUGGGCAGCGGUACGAGGAAGGUGACGGCUGGCAUGACGGCUGUCGCGACUGCUACUGCCACUCCGGACGGGAGAUGUGUGUGCUCAUAUCCUGCCCUGUACCGAGCUGCUCUAAUCCGGCCGUCAAGUCUGACCAGUGUUGCCCAACCUGUGAAGAUGAAUCUGGCAGUGGUCAGCCAGAGGGCAUGGACAUGGUGGUGUGCAGAGCCCCUGGGGGGGAGUUUUAUGUGGAGGGGGAGACCUGGAACUUGGACGAGUGCACGCGCUGCACCUGCAGGAAGGGACGCGUCCUGUGCGACACCGAAGUGUGUCCCCCGGCUCUCUGCCAGACACCGACCAGGAACAAGGACACCUGUUGCCACGUAUGCUCAGAGACGCUGCUGCCAGUGAACAACAGCAGCCAGAAGGAGUACUGCAUAACCAGCGACGGGGACAUGCUGCUGGCUGGAGACUCCUGGAAGGCCAACGCCUGCACCAGCUGCACCUGCAACAAUGGCACCAUUCAGUGUUUCUCUCAGCGCUGCCCAGCCGCCACCUGCAGGGUACCUGUUUUACGGAAAGGCCAGUGCUGCCCACACUGUCUUGAAGUGACGACAGCGGUGCCGGUAAUGGUGUCCACCAACGCCUCCAAGGCUACAGUCACCACCACAGUGGAGAGUGCAGCAUGGAUCACCACUGUCACCGUACCACCCAUCGUUGCUGAUACAGAUGAGCCGGGUUUGAGCGAGAACUACCCCAGCCAAACCGAGAUGGCCCUCAUCUACCAGUCGGCCGCCUGGAUCCUGGCCGGCCUCCUCCUGGCCAUCAUCAUCUUCCUCAUCGUGGCGCUGCUCGUCAACAAGAAGAAGAAGUGGGUGCAGAUGUCCUGCUACAGUGCGCCAAAGAAGACGGUGAUCCUGAAAAAGCACGUCAACAAGAAUUCGGUGGUCUACAUGGAGCCGUCCAAGGAGAACAAAUUUCAGAACGUGAAGAACGACUGCGGCAUCAUCCACUUCUCCCCGGAGAUGAGCUCCCCCUGCAUGGACAAGAUGACCAUCCCCAGGGCCAAGCUGAGCAUGGGCAACGACUGGACGCCGCGCUAAAGCUCGCCCUCCUUUCGCACGCCGCCGAUCGGAGCUGUCCGCCACCUCCCGCUCUCUCCUGCUGUAUCCAAGGCGGUUAGCGCAGCGGUGCACCAGCACACCUCUGGCUGCCGCCUUCUCCCCACCCUUCUCUUUGCCAGACAGCAAAACCGAGGACGCUCUGCAAGAGACAAAGCAAGUGACCACUGUUUCUUUCGUUAUGUGUCCAUACGUAUUCUUCUGUAUUUGGACGUUUGGGUGGAGUGACAUGCGGGGAGGUGGAUUGAUGGUGUGGACAUACAAAGGAAACAGCCUCUCUGGGCUCUGCUUUAAACCAGAGGAAGUCGGAGGGGCUCCCGUCAGAAUCAGACUUUGACUGUGAACGCUGUAAUGUUACUGAUUAUUAUUAUUGCCUCUUUUGAAACUGGAACUUUGGGACGAUAAGAGGAGCGUAAAAAAAAAAAAGCUUAAGGACGGGGGUUUGGGUUGUAGUUUGAAAGGGGGGUAGGGGUGUUUAUGUGCAGCAGCGGAUGUAAUCGUAGUCAUGAGCAGGAAACCCAAAGGAACUGUAAAUCCAAUUGGAUCGAAUCGGGUUCUGCAGCCGAAUCGUAACAAGUGAGCAGUGCUUUAUGUAGACCCCCCCCCGACCCAAACCCCUGCUUUAGAAUGUGUGGUUUCCAGCUUAGUUUUUGUAUAUUUCUACAGUAUUUGUACUAGAUGUAGUGUUGUUCUUGGCCACCUCUUGUUGUUAUUAUGGGUGUCUCGGUGGGGCCAGAUUGAACCAUUUUGAAAUGCCAGUCUAAACAUUCCCCUCAUCCAGAACAGGAAGGACACGCUUCCCAAAUAAUAGCUUCUUCCCCUCUCUCAACGUUCAAAUGACCCGAGUCAUUCCAUUCAAAAAUCCUUGCGAACAAACCACAUUUCUACAAACGUGUCUACAACACAGUAGCCGGCAGCCACCGUCUUCUCCCCCCUCCCCCCACACAACCCUCAGCCUAAUCCGAUUUUAGCUCUUUCAUUCUGUCGUAAUUCCUUCACUUCAGAGAAGAAAUGGAGUGAUGUUCAUCCAGGUAGAAUGUCAUUUUAUUGAAAGCAGAGGAGACUAAAUGGUGCCAGAUGCUUCAUCUGCGCCUAUAAAGAAUGUCUUUGAUACCAUGCCUCACUUGAUAACUUCAUUCACAGCUCCAUGUGUGUAUGUGUGUGUGUGUGGAGCUACUGUUCACACAUACCAGUAGUAAUAGGUAAUCUUUUUUUUAAAGCCUUAACUCGAUGGCCUUAACACAUUCUCAAUGUUGAGAUCUUGUUUUUUUUUUUUUUGUUUAAAACAGUUACCAUCCAUACAAAGAAAACCCCUGUCAUUUAUUCACCUGUUAUUAAGAUUAACGGACUGUGUUGCUCAGUUACGGCUCUCAUCAGCUCUUCGUAAAAAAAAAGAAGAAAAGAAAGCGUAUUAUGUGAUGUGUUGAGAUAAGCGCUUUAAGGAGAGCUUGCUUGCAUCUGUGGAGAAUGGUACACCUUACAACAUCAGAGGGUGUUAAAAAGACGUAGCACUUUUCUUUGGAGCCAGUGUUUUAGAAAGCACCCUGCGGGAUUCUUGGAGGGAUAAAGGCCCUAAUCAGGGAUUUGAUAGGCAUAUUAAGCACACAGAGAUGUUAAACCACUCAAGUGAACCCGCCGGUGCAGCGAGAGUCUCCGUACGAGUCCGAUCAGUUCGGGUAAAGGGCGGAAUCUGAGACGCAUUAAAAAAAAAUACAAGGAUUUGGAGGUUUUAGAUCAGAGGUUUUAAGUCCAUUGCCAGUAUCUUAAUACCAAGAUGAUUUUGAUGCCAAAAUUGGUUUGAGACCAAUUUCUAUUGAAGUGUUAAAGUAAAUCAUUAGUUUUUACCUGUUGAAAGCAUGAUUAUGUGCUUUAAAAUGAAGAGGUGACUGUAAAAGCUCCCGCAAUUCUUUGUUCUUCUAUGUAUAAAAAAAAAGAAAAGAAAAAGAAAAAAAGUAGUUUAAAUGAGUAGGACAGAAGAGUACCUUAUUUAUUUUUUCACAUAGCUUUAUUUAUUAUUACUAAACUAUAGUUUGAAAUUUUUUGUCUUUUUUUUUUUGAAAAGGAACUUUUAGUAGCCAAAGCUGCUGUACAUUGUAGACCAGUUACCGUACCUAUCCGCUAUAUUCUAUACAACCUUAUUUAUUUCACUGUUGCAAAUCUUGUAAAUAUGUUUCCUAGAUGAUGAACUGUAACAUUUACACUUAUUUUGAAAAAUAAAUGUGUGAACCAAU